CAUCUUCCUCCACCUCUGUCACACACAAACACACACAGUGUGUUUACUGAGUAGGAACCAGUCCAGCAGUCCAUAUAUCAUCUACCUGCUUGCAAGGGGAUUCUUUUUCUCUGGAAUUUCCAUUAAAGAGGCCUUGGAAGAUCACCUGAAAAGUAAUCGGACCGCAGCACCACCGAUCUGCAACAUAUCUGCCUUCGUCUGACUAUAGUGACGUAAUCUGUGAGUGCGUCUGACAUCAGCACGGAGACUAUGAGCAGCAACUACAGCGUCACACUCUUAGGUCCUGCUCCCUGGGGCUUCAGGCUGCAGGGAGGGAAGGAUUUCAACAUGCCACUCACCAUUUCCAGGCUGACAGAAGGGGGGAAGGCAUCCAAAGGUGGAAUCGCAGUUGGAGACAUGGUCCUUUCCAUUGACGGCAUUGCCACCGAGGGCAUGAACCACCUGGAGGCCCAAAACAAGAUCAAGAACUGCACCGGCAACCUUAACCUCACUCUGCAAAAGGUCUCCAGUGUUCCAAAGCCUCCUCCUGUAGCACCAAAGGACAGCAGAUCAGACAUCAUAAAACCAGUAUCAUUCACUCAUCCCUCUCCUCCACCUCAACUCCAUGCGCACUCCUCCAGCCCACCCACGAUCACUUACAGCAGAACAUCUCGACCUGCUGCUGUCAGCGAAACGGAAACUGAAUUUCCUCCAUUGCAGUUCCCAUUUGCUGCCUGCAUCCCAUCCCCAUCUUCUGCCUUCACUCCCACAUAUUCCUCCCAUUCCACUCCACCUCCUCCUCCUGACUCUUACCCAUCCUCUUCCUCCUCCUCCCCUCCUGUCCUUCUUCCACCUCAGCCAUCAGUGUAUAACACGCCAAUCAACCUCUACUCCACUGAGAAUGCAUGUGAGGUUGCCAUGGGGCAGAGGCGAGGCUUGUUGGAGAGUCAGGGUGGAGCCUUGCCACUGCAUUUAAAUGGGCCUCCCAGGAAACAUGUGGUGGACACGGACAUUCAUUUUUACCACGUGCCCACUCACGCUGAUGCCAGCAGGAAACGCAUCAUGGAAGACACAGAGGACUGGCGCCCACGCACCGGCACCACCCAGUCCAGAUCCUUCAGGAUUCUGGCUCAGAUCACUGGCACCGAGAACGUUCAAAAUGAGGUUGCUGAUGAGGCCAAGAAGACAAAUGAUGAGGGAGAGGAGCCAAAACGCAACAGCCACGAGUCUGCUGUUAUCAAGACCAUGAUCAAAGGGCGUGCAGUAAUCCAAGAUCCAAAGACUGGUUUGAUUACACCAUCUUUUGGUACUAAGGGGAACAGCGCUACCAGUAGCCCAAUGGCUGCUGUUUUUGGUCGACCUGUACCUCAACCGCACCCUAAAGAUGAGCUCUCCUUGGUCCAGAUGGCAGAACACUUCCCGGCUAGGAAGCGGACCCCCAUGUGUGCCCACUGCAACAAAGUCAUCAGGGGUCCAUUUUUGGUUGCAAUGGGAAAAUCAUGGCACAAGGAGGAGUUUAACUGUGCCCAUUGCCACACGUCUCUGGCAGACAUCGGGUUUGUGGAGGAGCAGGGAUCCGUUUAUUGUGAACACUGCUAUGAAGAGUUCUUUGCUCCAACAUGUGGUCGCUGCCGCUCCAAAAUCCUGGGGGAGGUGAUAAAUGCCCUGAAACAGACGUGGCAUGUCUACUGCUUUCUGUGCGCGUACUGUCAGCAGCCAAUCAGAAACAACACCUUCCACCUGGAGGAUGGGGAACCAUACUGUGAACAAGACUUCUACAGUUUAUUUGGUACUGCUUGCCAUGGCUGCGAGUUCCCCAUUGAGGCUGGAGACAAGUUUUUGGAGGCCCUUGGAUACACUUGGCAUGAUACCUGCUUUGUCUGUGCUGUGUGUUGCAACUCUCUGGAAGGACAAGCCUUCUUUUCAAAGAAGGACAAGCCUCUUUGCAAGAAACAUGCGUACACUUUGAAGAUAUGAGUUGUGGACUCAAAUAAAAUGUCCUCUGCUAUUACAAUAAAAUGUUCUUAGCUUUGACAGCAGGAAUCAUACAGCUAAAUUCAUAUAUUGCUCCCACCCCCAGUGCAGAAGUGUGUCUGCGGGGGGGGGGUGUCACUACUUUUCUCUCUUAAAAAAAAAUGCCAGGAGUUCCUCUGUGUCUGCAGAGAAUACACAGGCCCAUACUUGAUGUGUUUCUGCAGUACAUUAAGUAAAAAUACAGUCAGAGCUUAAAAAUAAGCCUGAAAAGUUCAUGUUUUCAUCAUGCAAUAUGUAUAUUUUAUUUUCAACGAGUAGUACAUUUUCUGUCCUCAGUCAUGCACAGUAAAGGAAAGACCAGAAAUUACUUCUUGUAAAACAAAAUAAUCAGUAAUGAUAAUAAUAAUAAGGAAAUAAUAUUUUUGUUUUAUGGGACCCCAGCAUAUAUUGUUCAUCAUACGUAGUUGUUAUAUUUAUUGCGUUUUUUUAAAAGCUUGAUCUUGAGUUUCUCAGAACCAUUGUUAAGAUUACAGUGACAUUUUCUGCUGUGAUUAACAGUCAGUGCAGUGAGCAGUCAUUGAGCAAAAAUUCCAUAAAAAUGACUGCAUAUUCAGCUCUGACAUUGUGGGUUCUUGUAGCUAUAGGUGACGAUCAACGAACCUUCUAUGUGGGCCAUGUUGGAAUCUUGUAACAUGCACAAUGUCCAUAACAUAACAUAAAGACAAAUAGGCCUAUCAUGUUGCUUGUGAGGUCUUGUUGUUAAUUGUGGGGUCCUGGUGGCCACCAAGGUCCGAGUUGCUUUUAUUAUUUUAUUUUAUUUUUUUUUGCUUUUUUUUCCUCAUCGUAGGUCAGUUUUACAUUGGAUGCUGGAAAUUUGUUUUUGUUCUGUCACACAUUUACUACUAUGCUAUUUUUUAAAGUGUCUCUUUUCUUUAGGUUUCAGAAAUUCAAACAUACGUUGCACUUUUCUCUUUACAGUAAACAGUGUUAUCGACAGAAACAAACAAACAAACAAAAAACAUCCACCCACCCAACACAUAUAGACAGACAAAGAAAUAAAAACUUGAGAAUCUGAAUUUAAAUUGAACAAGAACUCAUGCCCGUGUUUGCUUUUGGUGUUUUUUUGUUGUUGUUGUUGUUUGUUGGCUGGAGCUCUGCAGUAAAUAUUUUUUUCCUUUGUGUUUUCCAAUGAAAUACAAAGUGUUUGAAUUAUUUCAUUCCCAGUCCCUCAAGCAUAAUCAAGCUCCUCACCCUGUCCUUAGGUGUAAGCCCAGAUACCAAAAUGGGAAAUAUCAGUUAAAACCACUUGUGCUGUGUUGUACACUACUUUGUGCCGGUCGUACAAUAGGGCCCCUCUGUGGUAAUUGUGUCUAUGGCAAAUCUUAAAAUGUAACAAUAAAAUUACUGAAAACCUCUUAUUCAAGUUCCACAAUAGGCCAUUGAAGAAAUUCUUUAAUUUUGCGAAAAUUUAAUGUGGAACUAAAGCACAUAUACUGAUAACGAGGUGUCACAUAGGUUGUCAAACAAUAUUCAUGUUUUAUUUAUUUGGCACAUUAUGUGUUAUAUUUAUUUUGUACUGUUUUGUGAAAGUUUUUAAAAUUUCGUCCUCCACAUACUUGUAUUAGUAAGUCCCUUCGGCUUUUCCCUUUUUUCCACUCGGGGUUCCCACAGCAGAUCCGAGAUGGAUCUGUCUACAUGUUGAAUUGCCUCAUUUUUCUUUUUAUGCUGGAUUCCUUUCCUGAAGCAACUCCACAUUACAUAGAGAAUGGGCAGCAGUGGACUUGUACCAAGAACAUUAUGCUCUGGGGAAAAAAGCGCACAAACUACAUGGCCGCCACAAAUACUUUGUAAAUAGGAGCUCUUUUUUCCAAACAGAAAAUAUGACAGGUGUAGCAUCAGACAGUAAUGCUCGCAUAGUCAGGUCUGGGAGCAUACAGUGGUGCCACAUGUUGCCACAUCCACCACACAACAGAAUAGUCUUGUUUCCUGGAUGGCAACCACUCAGUCAGACAACCAGGUGAAAAGUAGGUUUCUUCUUGGCUUUAUCUUGCUGGAGGAGUCCUCGACACUUAUCAUGCAAUUAAAAAUACUAGAACUUCUAAAAUCACAGUAUUCAUGAUGAUGAACAUGAUGUUUGGCAUGGAUGAGAUGAUAUUAAUUCUUAGGGCCCAUGUCCAUGUAGAGUUUUGUUUUGUUUUGUUUUUUCUCCUGAGCUCCAGCAUCUUUUUUCCAGUGCUCUGAAUGAGAACAGACUAUAUGCGGCUGCCAAGACAGACAGUGGUGCACCCAGCUUCUUUUUUUAGAGCACUCAACUUUUUUGCGCAGCCACUGUGAGAAUUUUAAGUUGAUUAUUUCUGAACUCUCCAGAAAUGCAUUGUGCAUCACUGCAACACCUUUUCAGGCAAAUGAUCACAUGGAGCAAAACUUGUCACCCACACAGAAAGAGAACUUUCUUUAUACCCAUCGCUUUCUACAGUAAGCUGGUUUGUCACAUAAAAUAUAUUACAAUAGGAAAAAAACCCUCAUCCGUGACAGCAAGUUUGGCAAAUGCUAUGUUCCUGCUGAAGGUGGGUGCUUUUAUCUCACUGCAUAUGUUAUGAGGUAGUUGUUAGCUGUUUAUUGUUAUGAUA